GCUGGCGACUCAGUGGCCGCGCGACCUCGCUUUGUUCUCCACUGCGCUCCACCUCCGCGACGCGCCGCGCCGUACCGUACCGCGCAGUGCACUACACUAUUAUUGACAAUUGUCUUCGUUGACAAAAGUUGUUACAUUAUGAUUGUUAUCCGUGUUUGACCUCUGCCCGAAUCUACUAAUUGAAUUUUUCUUACGAUGAAGGGCGUUAACAACGCUUUAAAUAUAUCGCGAUCCGUGCGAAAUCGAGGUUAAUAUGCUCUAGUUUCGGUUUUUGUUACUUCUCAUCGUUUCGCAAAGGUGAUGAACGGCGAUAUAAAACCGGAGGCACCGCGGCCGCGACCACUCUCCGGUGGUAUUUGGACGUUGUUCUCGUGGCUUCGUCGCGACGACCGCUCCAUCUCCAGCGAGAGCCUUUCUAGCGCUGGAUCUGAUCGUACCGCUGUCAGCUUCGCAUUCCUGGAACCUUUGAAUUACAAAGCAGCUACAGAACCGAUCGUUUUGCCUCCCCUCAGCCCGCCCACAGAUUCCUAUAAGAAAAGGGUGCGGGAUCGAAAUUUUCGGAGGCAAAGAGAACGCAACCUAACUCUUCAUCGGAAAUACGGUUUAUUUAAAGGAGAAAACAGCGACAGAUACGACGCAUUUAGCCUUCCGUCUGACCGCAGGAAUAUAACCAACGGCGGAAAUAAUAUUGAACGGGGACGAAGAGCGACGAGCGAAAGCUUUCAGAGACGAGCUCCCUACGUACCUGGUAAAAGACGCGCACCUUUGCCUCCGACGAUAACCACUUCUCUUCCACGAAAUUUUUCAAGGAAGCGACCAGCUCCUCAACCACCCAAUAGAUUAUUAGUCGACGACAGCGUUGCUUUACGUUCUGGACCAAUGAAUCCAAAGUCAAAUUGCGAUAGACGUUCUUUACCUAACAAUGCUUCUAUGGAUAUCAAUAUUGAAAAAUCUAAACAAGAAAAAAUCAAAACAGACAAAAGUUUUUUGAAACAAAUUUUUGAAAAUAGAAAGAGAAAUUCUGCGAUAGAACCAAACUAUGUAAAACUAUUACCAAAUAUUAGCGAGUUAGAUAAACAAGCAGCAAAAAUUAUUGAAAACAAGAAACUUAAGUUAUUGGAAGCAAGCGGAACUGUUUCUGUUAAUGAUAUUGGUCCUGACCCAUCGGGGAAUUGGAUUUGCACCCAAUGUUUUAGAAAUUAUAAUAAUGUGGUGAAUUCCUGUUCAUAUUGUUCGUUGAAUAAAAAAUAUUUAGAAAAGAAUUUGGAAAAUAAUGUAAGCAUUUCAAAUGCAGCUUCAAAUAUUUACACGCAAACCGAAAAUGACUUAACAAAAAUUGCCUCAACGAGUAAACGAAAUGAAGAAGACGAAAAGAAAAAGCUUAAGGAAAUGUUGAAGGAAAUGAAAGAUUCCCUUCCUAAGCGUUCUAAACAAAAUAUCCCUAACAACACUGAAAGUCCUACGCUUCGCAUAGGAUCUCCACGAGACAAACGCGUAUCUGACCUGCCUUCUAAAAACGAUAGCUCUUCAAAUAAACAAGAUGUAACAGUUCCCAAAAACGAUAUAACACAGCCAUCCACCAGCAGAAAACAAGAUACUGUACAUUCUCAAUAUAAAUCCCAUUCAACAGACCAAUGUUCCACGUUACCAAUUUCUAAAAAUAUCGAAUCUAAACAAAUUUCAAGCAUACCAUUGACGACUAAAAACUUACAAGGAACAUCAAAUAUUAACAAUUACAAGGAAGAUUCACGUCAUAUCACAGUUCAGAUAAAAGAAUCUUUAUUAAAAACAGAAACGGAUGUCGAGGGUACGGGAAAAGUUAAAAAAAUACAAUCAACCUCUCAAAAUGAUUUACUUGAUAAUGCUGUAACACCAGCCUCAUCUGACGUAAAAGCUCAAAAGUUGAACCCGUUAAAAUUAAAUGUAUCAACAGAAGUAAAACCCAAAAUCUUGACAACAGCCUUAUCUGUUAAUGAAGGAUCGAAAAUAAAACCCAUAGAAAACUCAGGCACUUCUAAACCUGAAGUGACAUUCACAAAGACUGCUAAUACGAAACUGCCAAUAAAUGGAAAGACACCGAAACCAGAUAUUGACGUCAAAACAGUACCCGCUACCGAUACCUUUUUAAACUAUCUAGAUAAAAAUGUUAAAUCCACUAAAACAAACGAAGAUCAUUUGAAAGUUUCAAGUCUAACUAGCGCACCGAGCCUUCACACACCUUUGAGAAUUUCAUCGCUUUUGAAUCCAGUUUACCGCCCGAUGACAUCACCUAAGUCUGCAUCGGAGGUGAAUUUAAAGAAUAUUAAAGGGACAAAAACCGAUGUGGUAACUUUAUCAUCUGCAGUAAUUUCACAGCCUCCUACGGUAUUGAUAAAUCAAAGACCUUUAAUGCCUAUCAAAGAAAUAUCAGAACCAAGUGAGAAAGAACCCGAAGAAAAACAAUUGCAAUCUCCAUUAAUUACAAAGAGCCAAUAUAGCACGAAUACAUCUGUAUGUAAGGUUUUAGGCGUUACACCUUCAUCGUCCAAAGACAAGCAGGAUAAAGGUGUCAGUAAGGCGGAACAUCAUAUAAGGCGAAGGCAGCUAGUGAAUCAGUUAGAGCAAUCUAUAGCGACAGGAGAUGAACAGGCAGCUGCUGAAGCUGCCGUUAAACUCGCUAAGCUGCGUUUGUCAUGUUCCGUUUUAUCUUUUUCGUCACAAAUAAUUGGAAAUCCUGUAGUUACUAAAAUUAUAGAUUCUAACGCAAAAUCUGAAGAAGAAAAAGAUAAAAGUACGAAAAGCGGUUCAAAAAAGGAUCCCAUGCAAGUAAAGGUCGAUAAAGAAUCAACAAAGCGAAAAGAUUCACCAGAUAAUAAAACACCAGUUGUUUCUUUAAACAAAAGUGGUGAGCGUGAGAAUACGAAUAGACCUUCUACAUCAAAAGACCAACGAGGAAUAUCUAAAGAAGAUAAAGUAUCCCAGGUAGAUUCAAAAAGCAAGAUCCCCGCUAUAAAAUCUAAUCACGAAGAAAAUAAGAUAAUGGCUAUCAAGAUAUGGGUUGAGGAUAAAGAAACCACUCGCGGUCCGAUACAGUUCCGAAUAUCAAAGCAAGCAACGAUGCGGGAGCUGCGGCGUCAAGCGGAGGCGUCGCUGGGGCUCGAUUCUAGAUUACAACGAUGGAUAGUUGGCAGAACCUUAUGUAUGAAUGAUUCCACAUCUCUUACAUCUCUGGCUGGUCCCGACUUGAGUGCACCCUUUUAUUUAUGUAUAGUAGAGUCUGAAACUAAGAAGGAGGUUACAGGCAAUGGUAGUCGAGACAGUGAAGAUGGCUCAAGUAAUGAAAUGAUUCCAGAUAAUAGGGCUGGGGAUGUUUAUAUGGAACUGAUGAAGCUUGAGCAGCAAGCCAUUGUUCCAAACAUGGAUGCGUUUGAAUGUGGCGUUUGCAUGGACGAAUGUGAAGGCGGGAGAGGCGUUGUACUUCGUGAAUGCAUCCAUACAUUUUGCAGAGAUUGUCUUGCAGAUGUUGUAAGGCAUUGCGAGGAGGCGGUAGUGUCGUGUCCGGCUAUUGGAUGCCCUGGAAUGCUACAGGAGCGUGAAAUACGUGCCUUAUUAUCUACAGACGAGUAUGAGCGAUGGCUUGCACGAGGCUUAGCCACCGCCGAAUGUGGAACUCGAAACGCAUUCCAUUGUCGCACACGUGACUGUACGGGCUGGGCUCUCUGUGAACCUGGAGUCAGAAAGUUCCCAUGUCCUGUAUGCAAAUGCAAUAAUUGUGUUCCCUGCCAGGCUAUACACGACGGCGAAACAUGUGAACAUUACCAAACGAAACUACGCACGGCAGUCACAGCAGCUCAAACAAAUGAAACUGACGAGGGCACCAGAGCAUUGCUGGAUUCGCUCAAACGUCGAGGCGAAGCUCUGGAGUGUCCGGAGUGCAGUGCCAUCAUCACAAAGAAAUGGGGCUGUGACUGGGUAAAAUGUUCUGCAUGUAAAACUGAGAUAUGCUGGGUGACGCGAGGCCGCCGUUGGGGGCCGGGCGGCCGCGGCGAUACUAGCGCUGGCUGCAGGUGUGGAGUUGAUGGCAAACGAUGCCAUCCUUCUUGCGGUUAUUGUCACUAGUUUAUUAUUUAUUUAUAAUCUUAUAACUAUCUCUAAAUUAAUGUAUUUGUAUUCAAUUUUUUUAUAUACAUGAAUCUACAAAUAAAAAAUAUAUUAAAAUCUG